AUGGUAAAUAUUCCAAUGGAAAGUAUUCUGAUGGGGAAUUAUUCCGAAGGAAAGUGUUCCGACGGAAAUUAUUCCAAUGGAAAGUAUUCCGAUGGAAGUAUUCCAAUUGAAACUAUUCCAAUUGAAAGUAUUCCGAUGGAAAUUAUUCCGAAGGAAAGUAUUCCAAUGGAAAGUAUUCCAAUGGAAAGUAUUCCAAUUGAAAGUAUUCCGAUGGAAAGUAUUCCGAUUGAAAGUUUUCUAAUUGAUAGCAUUCCAAUGGAAAGUGUUAAAAAGGAAAGUAUUCCAGUGGAAAAUAUUCCAAUGGAAAAUAUUCCAAUGGAAAGAAUUUCAAUGGAAAGUAUUCCAAUGGAAAGUAUUCCAAUGGAUAGUAUUCCUAUUAAAAGUAUUCCAAUGGAUAGUAUUCCUAUUGAAAGUAUUCCAAUGGAAAGUAUUCCGAUUGAAAGUUUUCUAAUUGAUAGCAUUCCAAUGGAAAGUGUUAAAAAGGAAAGUAUUCCAGUGGAAAAUAUUCCAAUGGAAAAUAUUCCAAUGGAAAGAAUUUCAAUGGAAAGUAUUCCAAUGGAAAGUAUUCCAAUGGAUAGUAUUCCUAUUGAAAGUAUUCCAAUGGAUAGUAUUCCUAUUGAAAGUAUUCCAAUGGAUAGUAUUCCUAUUGAAAGUAUGCCAAUGGAUAGUAUUCCUAUUGAAAGUAUUCCAAUUGCAAGAAUUCCAUCGGAACUGUAA